ACCCUUCCCCUAGGACUCCAAGUCUCCACCAUUUUUUCGACCUUCGUUUCCAACUUUCUAUGUGUUAAUCAUCCCGUCUCUUAGCUAGCUUUCUGCCACUCUUUCUUCCUCCGAAACCUUUUAAUUUGGUGCCUGCUGCUUCAAUGGCGGAUACUGGUUCAGGCUGGGCUAAGAGAAUGUGCUCGGUGCCUGAAAGGGCCAAGCUGCACAUGGCCAUGUUGGCCCUGCAGUUUGGUUAUGCUGGGUUUCAUGUCGUCUCACGAGCGGCUCUCAAUAUGGGCAUAAGCAAGAUUGUGUUCCCCGUCUACAGGAACAUCAUCGCUUUGCUUCUGCUCGUUCCUUUUGCUUAUUUUCUAGAGAAGAAAGAGAGGCCAGCCAUGACUCUUAAUUUUAUGGUUCAGUUUUUCCUCCUUGCGCUAGUCGGAAUAACAGCCAACCAAGGAUUCUACUUGUUGGGUUUGGACAACACAUCGCCCACUUUCGCAUCUGCCAUUCAGAACUCGGUUCCAGCCAUAACCUUUCUUAUGGCUGCCAUACUCAGGAUAGAACAAGUACGCUUAAAUAGAAAAGACGGCAUUGCCAAAGUGGUCGGAACUCUCUCCUGUGUCGCCGGAGCUUCGGUCAUCACCCUAUACAAAGGCCCAACCAUCUUUAGGCCCUCCCCACAUCUACACCAAACACCACUCCUGCUUUCGUUAGGGGACGCUAAAGGCAAGAACUGGACCUUGGGGUGCAUUUACCUCAUUGGGCACUGCCUCUCCUGGUCAGCCUGGCUCGUCUUACAAGCACCCGUCCUCAAGAAAUACCCAGCUCGACUGUCUGUCACCUCUUAUACUUGCUUCUUCGGCGUCAUACAGUUCCUAGUAAUUGCCGCCUUCAUCGAGAGAAACUCUCAAGCUUGGAUAGUUCACUCCGGCGCCGAGCUCUUCAGUGUUUUCUACGCGGGAGUGGUAGCUUCAGGGAUCGCCUUUGCUGUUCAGAUCUGGUGCAUUGACAGGGGUGGCCCUGUGUUUGUGGCAGUGUAUCAACCUGUCCAGACCUUGGUUGUCGCCAUUAUGGCCUCCAUCGCUUUGGGUGAACAGUUCUACUUGGGAGGGAUCAUCGGUGCAGUGCUGAUUAUAAUCGGAUUGUACCUGGUACUGUGGGGGAAAAGCGAGGAGAGAAAGUUUGCAAAGGAAACAGCUGCGAUCAUCACCUCAGCCUCCGAGCAAGGAAGCAACAGGAUGUCGAGCCACCCCAAGUCCUCCCUCGUCCAGCCCUUACUGUCUCCGUCUACCGAGAAUGUUUGACGGGGGAACCCAGCAAACUUCUUCAGCUACGGACUACAGUGUUGAUCUUGAUCUCUAUAAGCCUGUGUGUAUGAUCUAUGUAUUUUUUAGUCCUUUGUACUUAAGCUAAGAUGACGGUCAAUGUUUUGAAGGAAGAUCAAACUACCUAUCAAUUAUCACAUCUUAAAAGUGAAAAGAGGAUUAGUUAUUGGGCAGGGCCACUUAUUAGGGUUAUCAAUGGCUUGAUCACAUCCAAGGUAACGUUUGGUUUGGAGAUCAUGAUGAGACAUCAGGGAUGUUGAGAAAAUAAGCGGACCCCACUUUUUCUAUUUUAUAUUAUCAACAAUGGGACGCAUGUCAUCUUUCCUGUACGUAAUUAGGGUUUUGUUUGUCAUUUAUCACCUUAAUUACACGUUUUCAAUGAUUUCAGUAACAUUUCAAUGCUGGCUAUCCUUAUGCA